ACUGUAAAGAGCCGGAGUUCCCAUCACUACGGUGGAGCAGGAGCAGGAGGAGGAGGAGGAGGGGGGAGCAAGAGGUGGAGGAGGAGGAGGAGGAGGGGGGCAGCAGCAGCAGCUUCCUCACAGCGGAAGGAGACGACGGAUCUCCAGCAGGACAAUGUGAGGCACGGAGAGUUGAUCCAACGCAGUUAGCCGCAGCCAGGAUGGACUUGGGGAUUAUUUAGCAGCGUUUUGCAGCUCAGUGUCAGCCUGAAUCUUGUUGGGAAUAUUAAUUUGGUUCUGCAGAGGAAGCGGCCGCAGCGAUGGGAGUCCUGCGCUGACCGGAGAGCGGCGGCAGGGCCAAGAAACGGGGAGAAAGAUGGGUGUCGUGCUGCGGAGCCUGUUGUUGUGUAGUUUUUGUUUGCUCAUACGAGGCGUACCCCUGCUUCUAUAUGCGAACCGGCGGGACCUUCGGCUCGUGGACGCGGCACACGAGAAGGCCAACGCCACGGUUGUGGUGGGGGGGCUGGAGGAUGCUGCUGCCGUGGACUUUGUUUACUCGCAGGGUCUCAUAUACUGGAGCGACGUGAGCGAGGAGGCUAUCAAACGCACCGUUUUCAACCAAUCGGGGGCCAGCGCCAUCCAGACGGUGGUCCCGGGACUUGCGUCCCCAGAUGGGCUGGCCUGUGAUUGGUUAGGGAGUAAACUUUACUGGACAGACUCAGAGACAAACCGGAUCGAGGUGGCUGAGCUGGAUGGGACUCUGAGGAAAGUUCUGUUCUGGCAGGAGCUGGAUCAGCCGAGGGCCAUCGCUCUGGAUCCAGAACGAGGGUACAUGUACUGGACAGAUUGGGGCGAGGUGCCGAAGAUCGAGCGCGCUGGGAUGGACGGGACGAAUCGCUCGAUGAUCAUCGACAAAGACAUCUACUGGCCCAACGGUCUGACAUUAGACUACAGCCAGCAGAAACUGUACUGGGCCGACGCCAAACACAACUUCAUCCACCGCUGCGACCUGGACGGAUCCAACAGGGAGGUGGUGGUGAAGGGGGACCUGCCUCAUCCGUUCGCCCUCACCCUGUACGAGGAAACGUUGUUCUGGACCGACUGGAACACACACUCCAUACACUCGUGUAGGAAACAGACCGGAGCGGACCAACGCAUCGUCCACUCCGACAUCUUCUCCCCCAUGGACAUCCACGUCUUCAGCGCCAAGAGACAGAACAUCUUGGCAACAAGCCCAUGCAAGGUAAAGAACGGAGGAUGUUCUCACCUGUGUCUCCUCUCCCCGAGGACGCCGUUCUAUCAGUGCGCCUGUCCCACUGGAGUCCAGCUGCUGGAGGAUGAAAAGACCUGCAGAGACGGUGCGACUCAAAUGCUGCUACUGGCACGGCGGACCGACCUUCGGCGGAUCUCUCUGGACAUGCCGGACUUCACCGACAUCAUCUUGCAGGUGGACGACAUCCGACACGCCAUCGCCAUCGACUACGACCCGGUGGAGGGAUACAUCUACUGGACGGACGACGACGUCAAAGCAAUCCGCCGCUCGCUGCUCGAUGGCAGCGACGCGCAGUUCGUCGUCACGUCGCAGGUGAGCCACCCGGACGGCAUCGCGGUGGACUGGAUAGCCAGGAACUUGUACUGGACGGACACGGGGACGGACCGCAUCGAGGUGACACGGCUCAACGGAACCAUGCGCAAGAUCUUGAUCUCUGAAGACCUGGACGAACCACGAGCCAUCGUACUCGAUCCUGUGGCCGGGUACAUGUACUGGACGGAUUGGGGCGAGGUACCAAAGAUCGAGCGUGCCGAUCUGGACGGGAUGGAGCGAGUGGUGAUGGUGAACACGUCCCUCGGCUGGCCCAACGGCCUCGCUCUCGACUACGAUGAGAGGAAGAUCUACUGGGGAGACGCCAAGACCGACAAGAUCGAGGUGAUGAACAUGGACGGGACGAGUCGACGGGUGCUGGUGGAGGACAAACUUCCUCACAUCUUUGGCUUCACUCUGCUGGGAGACUUCAUCUACUGGACGGACUGGCAGCGCCGCAGCAUCGAACGGGUCCACAAACGCACCGCAGAGCGAGAGUUCAUCAUCGACCAGCUGCCCGACCUCAUGGGACUCAAAGCCACUAACGUGCACCAAGCCACAGGUACGAACCCGUGUGCAGAGGGGAACGGCGCCUGCAGCCACCUGUGCCUGUUUAAGCCUACGGGCGUGCAGUGCGGAUGUCCCAUCGGACUUGAACUCAUCGCAGACAUGAGAACUUGCAUCGUCCCCGAGGCCUUCCUCCUGUUCUCCCGACACACUGACAUCCGCCGCAUCUCCCUGGAAACCAACAACAACAACGUGGCCAUCCCGCUCACCGGCGUCAAGGAGGCGUCAGCGCUCGACUUCGAUGUCACCGACAACAGAAUCUACUGGACCGACAUCACGCUGAAGACCAUCAGCCGGGCCUUCAUGAACGGCAGCGCUCUGGAGCACGUGGUGGAGUUCGGUCUGGACUACCCUGAGGGGAUGGCGGUGGACUGGCUGGGGAAGAACCUGUACUGGGCCGACACCGGAACCAACCGUAUCGAGGUGGCAAAACUGGACGGGCAGCAUCGCCAGGUCCUGGUCUGGAAGGACCUGGACAGUCCCAGAGCUCUGGCUCUGGACCCAGCUGAAGGGUACAUGUACUGGACCGAGUGGGGCGGGAAGCCAAAGAUAGACCGUGCAGCGAUGGACGGGACGGGUCGGAUCACGCUGGUGGCCGACGUGGGCCGAGCGAACGGGCUGACCAUCGACUAUGCAGAGAGACGCCUGUACUGGACCGACCUGGACACGACGCUGAUCGAGUCCUCCAACAUGCUCGGUCUGGACCGGGAAGUCAUCGCCGAUGACCUGCCUCACCCUUUCGGCCUCACCCAGUACCAAGACUACAUCUACUGGACGGACUGGAGCCAGCGCAGCAUUGAGCGCGCCAACAAGACCAGCGGGCAGAAUCGGACGCUGAUCCAGGGCCAUCUGGACUACGUGAUGGACAUCCUGGUGUUCCACUCGUCGCGGCAGGGCGGCUGGAACGCGUGCGCCUCCACCAACGGACACUGCUCCCACCUCUGCCUCGCCGUGCCCGUCAGCAGCUUUGUGUGCGGAUGCCCCGCCCACUUCUCCCUCAACUACGACAACAAGACCUGCAGCGCUCCGACCUCCUUCCUCCUCUUUAGUCAGAAGACGGCGAUCAAUCGGAUGGUGAUCGACGAGCAGCAGAGCCCCGAUAUCAUCCUGCCCAUCCACAGCCUGAGGAACGUCCGCGCCAUCGACUACGACCCGCUCGACAAACACCUGUACUGGAUCGACUCCAAGCAGAACGUCAUCCGCCGAGCACAAGAGGAUGGCAACCAGAGCAUGACGGUGGUGUCCAGCUCGAUGGGCGGGGCCAGCCAGGGCCUGCAGCUGUACGACCUGAGCAUCGACAUCUACAGCCGCUUCAUCUACUGGACGAGUGAGGUCACCAACGUCAUCAACGUGACGCGCACGGACGGCAGCAGGGUGGGCGUGGUGCUGAGGGGGGAGCACGACAAACCCAGAGCCAUCGUGGUCAACCCGGAGAGAGGGUACAUGUACUUCACUAACCUGCUGGAGCGCUCUCCGAAGAUUGAGCGGGCGGCGCUGGAUGGGACGGAGCGCGAGGUUCUGUUCUUCAGUGGUUUGGGGAAGCCCGUUGCUCUAGCCAUCGAUAACGAGGUGGGGAAGCUUUUCUGGGUGGACUCGGACCUGAGACGCAUCGAGAGCAGCGACCUGUCAGGAGCCAACCGGAUCGUGAUUGCCGACUCCAACAUCCUGCAGCCGGUGGGUCUGACGGUGUUCGGGGACCACCUGUACUGGAUCGACAAGCAGCAGCAGAUGAUCGAACGCAUCGACAAGACGACGAGAGAGGGGCGCACUAAGAUCCAGGCUCGCAUCGCGUACCUGAGCGACAUCCACGCCGUGCACGAGCUGGACAUGAGGGACUACAGUAAACACCCGUGUACCUGGGAUAACGGCGGCUGCUCCCACAUCUGCAUCGUGAAGGGCGAUGGGACGACUCGCUGCUCGUGUCCGGUCCACCUGGUGCUGCUGCAGGAUGAGCUCUCCUGUGGAGAGCCCCCCACCUGCUCCCCCGAGCAGUUCUCCUGCACGUCAGGAGAGGUGGACUGCAUCCCUCAGGCGUGGAGGUGCGACGGGUAUCCGGAGUGUGACGACAGCAGCGACGAGGAGGACUGUCCCGUGUGCUCCGAGUCAGAGUUCCAGUGCGACAGCCGGCAGUGCAUCGACCUGAGCCUGCGCUGCAACGGAGAGGUGAACUGUCAGGACCGCUCUGACGAGAACAAGUGUGAAGUCCGCUGUCCUCCGGAUCAGUUCACCUGCUCUAACGGUCAGUGCAUCGGGAAACACAAGAAGUGUGACCACAACAUGGACUGCACCGACAACUCUGACGAGAUCGGCUGCUAUCCGACAGAGGAGCCUCCUCCUCCUCCCAACACCACCAUCGGCUCCAUCGUUGGCGUGGUCAUGGCGUUGUUCGUCGUUGGGGCGGUGUAUUUUGUGUGUCAGCGCGUCCUCUGUCCUCAGAUGAAGGACGACGGAGAGACGGUCACCAACGACUUUGUGGUCCACGGGCCGUCUUCGGUGCCGCUGGGAUACGUGCCGCACCCAAGCUCGCUGUCCAGCUCGCUGCCGGGGAUGUCCAGAGGGAAGUCUGUGAUCGGCUCACUCAGCAUUAUGGGCGGGAGCAGCGGGCCGCCGUACGACCGUGCUCAUGUAACUGGAGCGUCAUCCAGCAGCUCGUCCAGCACCAAAGGGACAUACUUCCCCCCGAUCCUGAAUCCUCCUCCGUCACCCGCCACAGUCCGCUCUCAGUACACCAUGGAGUUCGGCUAUUCAUCAAACAGUCCCUCAACUCACAGAUCAUACAGUUACAGACCGUACACGUACCGUCACUUCGCCCCCCCUACCACCCCCUGCAGCACCGAUGUGUGCGACAGCGACUACACGCCGGGACGCCGGGCGCCGCUCAAGUCCAGCGCCGCCGCCAAGGGCUACACCAGCGACCUCAACUACGACUCGGAGCCUUUCCCGCCUCCGCCGACGCCCCGCAGCCAGUAUCUGUCGGCGGAGGAGAACUGUGAGAGCUGCCCGCCGUCGCCUUACACCGAACGCAGCUACUCCCACCACCUCUACCCGCCGCCGCCAUCGCCCUGCACGGACUCCUCGUGAGCCAAAUCCCCCACAACCCCCCCCCCCUCCGCACAGCUCCGCCCCCUCACUGUAAAUAGCAAUUGUGCAUAUAUGAGGUUAAAAAUGGGAAAGAGAGACUGAGGAAGAGGAGGAGCGAGGAGCAGGACGAAAAAAGGAAACAAAGAGAAACGGGAGCUGCAGAACAUUUGUACAUUAAAAAGAGAAAAGCAUAUUUAUAUAUUUUCUAUACAGUGUUUACUGAUGCCAUAGAGGUUUGUAUUAAGAAAUUUGUACAUUUUCUAAGAAAAGGUUUUAUUAAAAUCAUCACAAAUAUAAGUUGCCUUAAACCAGGAGAAAAAGAGGCUGAAGGACACGAAGCACACGAUGAUCAGCGGACGUUUUAACUUAUCUGAUGCCAAAUAUGAAAAACAACCACAGCUACAGGACCAGCGGCCAUCUUGUCUGUGGUUACCAUGGAAACUGGAUCAGCAGUGGCUGGAGGAGAUGUGGUACUGGGUCUUUGAUUUGAAUUUACCUCCUCAUUUUGAAACGGUUCAGAGGAUGGUGUCUGUGUGGAUGUGAGUCAUGUGCUGAGUCAUGAAAACAGGACGCUCUGAGCUGAAGCAAUAACUCUGUAAGGCACAUAUUUAUUACCCAAUCAAACUACCAACCACUCUGAGCGCCGACCACGAAGCAGGCUCAGCUUGAUUCUAACUACGGAGGUCCUGGAGGGACUGAAAUGUUUCUAAUGUGCACAAAAAAACUGUCAAGUGCUCCCAAAGUCUCAAGACAAUCAGACACUGGUUUGGAUUACGAACUAAAUGUUGCCCUCUACAAACUACUUGUUGAUCCCUCAGCCUACAUCUCGCCCUCUAUAAAAUACUAAUUUCCCUCUAAAUAAAACUGUUGCGUCUACAAACAACAUGUUACUCACUAUAAACUACUUAUGAUACUUAACAGACAACCUGCAACUCACUACAAACGAGUCGCCUGAUACAAGCUUCUUAUUGCCCUCCCCAAUCUACCUUUUGCCCUCUACAAACUACAUGAUACCAACCAAUAACUACAGAUUGCCCACCACAAACUCCAUUUCCCAGUAUACACUACUAAUAUCCCUCUAAAAGACUACAUGUUAGAAACUACAAACUACAUAUUGUCCUCUACAAACAACAUGUUAGGAACAACAAACUACAUGUUAGCAACUAUAAACUACAUGUUGAGUUUCCCUCUAAAACUACAUGUUGAGUUUCCCUCUAAAACUACAUGUUGAGUUUCCCUCUAAAACUACAUGUUUCCCUCUACAAACUACAUGUUGCCCUCUACAAACUACAUGUUAGCAACUACAAACUACAUGUUGAGUUGCCAUCUACAAACUACAUGUUAGCAACUACUAACUACAUAUUGCCCUCUACGAACUACAUGUUAGCAACUACAAACUACAUGUUAGCAACUACUAACUACAUAUUGCCCUCUACGAACUACAUAUUAGCAACUACAGACUACAUAACGUUCCCACUAUAAACUAGUUAUAUCCCUUUUUAAAAAGUACAUGUUGCAGUCUCAAAACUAAAUGUUGAGUUUCCCUCAACAAACGACAUAUUGCCCUCUCCAAACUCCUAAUUACCCUCUAAACAUUACGUUGUCGUCUGAAACAACGUGGCCCUUAUUAUUGUCCGCUACAGUCGACAUUUUUCCAGUUACAAACUACUAGAAUUUAAAGCUACGUUACAAUCAUAAAACAACAUGUUGGGCACUACAAACUACGAGUUUCCCACUACAAUCUGCAUGAUGUUCCCACAGCUCUAUAAAGGCAAUAAGCACGACAAAGUAUUUUGUUUUGGUAACAUGAUCAGGUUUUUUUUGUGUCCCUCCUGGGCCUCCGUACAAACACUAAAAUAUUUUCCCGCUAAGUAUUCGAGAUCAGCUGGAGGUGACAUGACUCACAUCCUCAGGCGUCCUGAUGUUCAGACAGGUUUAAACCAAAACAAACGCUUGUUGUGUUUGACUUUUUUGUUCUCAUUGAAACGUUCGAUGCUCGACUGCACCUGAGAGAAAAUCGACCCAAAGCUGAACACAGGCUGCAUCAUCCUCCAUGUUUUUAUCUUUCUUUUUAACCUUUGUUCUCUCCUGAGGAGGACACAGCGUUUCCUCCAUGAACACGAUCUGUGCCUGACCAGUUCCACGUCUUCAUCUCUCUUUAUUUUGCUGUUUCUGUUACUUUGAGGGAAAAACACACAGAGGAAAUCAGUGCCCACUAAAUGCUCUAUAGUAUUUUUGUACCACAUAUUGUGUAGAUACGUAUUUAUAAGCUAUAUAGAAAAUCAUUGUAAAUCUAUCCAUUGAAUUCUUGCAGUACUUUUCAUUCCGUCUUUUUUUAUAUUGCCUCAUUAUAUUUUUCUACAGAAAAUCACUUCAGACGUACGGAGACAAUCUCAGAUCAGUCAAUCGAAGAACAUAUCCAGGUUUUUAGUGUCUGUAAAGUCAAAGUUUGAAGGACUGUUGUGCCAAAAGAAUCUUUUUUAUCGAUGUGGAGGCAGACGAGGCCGGGACCAGAGGACGAACACGAGGCAUCCGUUCUGUUGCCUUUAACAAACAUCUGUUUUUUUAAUGAAUUUAUUCUUGUCUUUGUGCUUCUCGUGACGACCAGAAAUAUAUUUUUAAGAGAACUCGUUGCAUCGUCUCAUUGUCAGGGGGGUGGGGUGGUGGGGUGGUUGGGGGGGGAGAGUUUUAUCUCCGUGUCGUCGAACUCGCUCGGUUUGUGGUCGAGCUUCUGGAGGUCACGCUGAAGAGAAAAGUAACACCAGCAUGAAUCUGACAAUCCCAACAACGCUUCACACGUCGUAGCAGCAGAUUAAUCGUGAAGACUCGUCUUUUGGCUUUUAAACUGGAUCCGUUAAUCAGAUAAAGACAACUUUUUCUUAUUGUACUGCACUUUAGGAAUUAAAUCAAAUACAAAAACCAAUCAAAAGCUCUCUUUAGACCAAAACUAAUCUGCAAAACAAGAAAUUGAAUAAUCAAAUCUUGAGUGCAAAAUGUAUUUGUCGUGGCGCAUAAAUUGUUGCCUUGAUGAUUAAAAAAACAUGAAUUUGAACAUGGAAAUAAUCGUCCUUUUGCAGGAAAAUUAAAAACUCUGAUGCAAAGCGAUUACUAGUGGUGAAAAUUAAAUUCUUGGUGCAGAAACGAUGACCUUUGAAGUGCAUGAUUGAUUACUUUUUGGCACUACGGGACAUCAAAGUCAUUGUUUCGGAUACAAACGUUAGAAUCAGCUAAAGUUAUUAAGAUGCUCAGAUAUUUUGGUCCUGGUGCACAGAUUAUUUUAUAACCUGCCUAAAAAUGAUCUUUUGCAGCCAAUCAAAGUUUGUUGUUGUUAAUUUUUCAUGGCCUUCCGAUCGUGCAGACAAUAAAAAAAAGUGUCUUUAGUCUGGAGAGAACUUCAAACGUUGCCAAAAGUCCGGUUUACCCUGACCCAGUCUAUCAGUUCAUCAUUUUGGCCCUCUGCUGCCUCCAUACAUCCUCGGCUGAGCUCUCUACCUGUGGUACAAUCACUCUCUGACUCCUCCAGGUGUGUUUCAUAAAAACACACCAGAGAAACUUCUUGGGAGACGUUCUCAUUCUCUAUCUGCACUUUACACGACUUUUAUUUUUUUAGCUGAUUUCUGGUACAAAACGUCGUAUUGUCGUGCAGCUGGAGGAAAGUUGUGUAACAAAAAAAAAAAAAAAAAAGAAAAGUGGACGUUUGGUUUGUUAAAAAGAGUCCAGAAGAAGACUCAGUGAAGACGAGAUGAGUUUUAUUUUUCGUAUUUUAUCAUCUUACUGGUGUUUGGGAACGUUCUUCCAAACUGUUCUCAAAAUGUUCUCACGGUGAUUCUUUGUUACCCCUCAUGUAUCCUGUUUGUUCCCUCUGAUUGAGAACUGCGACAGCUUUGUGGAGACUGGAUUCAUCAUCAUCAGCAUCAUGUUUCCACAGAAAGCUUUCAUAUGAUAUAAGACAUGUCUGUACUCUGCUGUGAAAUCAUCUGUUAUCCUUUCUAAUCUGAAAUGUGUUUCUAGGACGAACAAGAACUGCAAAAUGAUUUUAUGUUGAAAUCAAACCAUAAUAUUUGAAAUGUUUUAUUGUAGUUCAUUUACAGAAAAUUGAUCAAACUUUGUUUUUAUGGAUGCAAAUUAAUAGCUUUUGGGGAAUCAAGAAUUUCAAGGGUAUCAAUACAGUUUUUUACGGUAUAAAUAACUGAAAAAAAACAAUAAGAAUUAUGGAUUUUCAGAUUUAAGGGGCCAGAUACCAACCAUCUCAAAAAUGAACUUUUAAUGCUUUGCACCAAGAUUUGGAGCCACCAACACACCCUGAAAAAUGUGUAACUUUGAUUCAAAUCAGUAACAAUCUUAUAUCACUUAAUGUAUUCAUCAAUAUUGUGGUUUGAUACUCGCCUUCACUUUACUCCCAUUCUUCACAGAUUCAGUAGGAGGGAACAAUUCAAUCUUUUUCAACUCAAAAAAUCAAACGUUAAAUGGUGAAUUUGAGUCCUCUUUGUGUUUAAUGUCUCUGAUUUAGACCGAGGUUUGUCUUCUGAGGACACUUUGUACAGGUUGUGAUGAACAUGGCUGUAAAAGGUCAAAGGAAGUAGAAAUGUAAAAAGAUUGAAAAGGUCAUUUUUGAAAGAAAAAGCACUUUGGUCUCCAGUUUUUUUUUUUGUUUUUUUUUUUCUUCUCGUGACAGAAAAAUGAGAAGUUUGUGUCGUCAGACGUUAUCCUUCAUCUGUUUUUGCUCUCAUGGUGCUCUGAAGAUGUUUGUGGAGACGACCAACAUUUGGUUCAUCAUGUUCGUUUGAUUUCCACUAACUGUCCGUUUUUAUACAAUGACUGCUUUACCUGUAAACAGAGUAUCAGAUGGACCUGUACAGCCCAUCCAGCUGCCACCAUAAGCUGUUGUAACUCAUGAAAUGCUGAUUUUUUUUCUUUUUGUUAAAUAUAAAGUGAGUGAACUUUUAAAA